CUUCUCUAAUGCCAGCUCUCAAGAUGUUUGCUCUGCGUGCAUAUAUUCUUAUGUCUUGCAUAUCAUGUGCAUCUAUGAUCCCCAGUGUUUUUCAGCCAAACGUCUCAAUCACAGCAUCUAUGGGUGGUUCGGUCAUCCUGGAAUGCCACACAACCGCCGAUCCAGUUGUGGCCUGGUUUUGGCUGAAACAAAUCCCAGGACGAAAGUUGAACCCUAUAGUUUCCACAUAUUACAAGGAGAUAAAACUUCAAGGAGAAGUUCUCAAUGAAUCAAGACUUCAAUUCAAAGUUGAUGACAAGAAAUCUACAUUAAUAUUCAACAAGAUUAACUCCAGAGAUGCUGCCUAUUAUCACUGUGGUGUGCUACUGUAUGAGAAGCUGUACUUUGGAGGGGGAACUUAUCUGACAGUUGAUGAUGCAAAGCCGGUUAAAAUAAUUCAGCAUCCUGUUUUGGACUCACAUCAUGUAGGAGACUCAGUGACUCUUCAUUGUUCAAUAUUUGGUGAGAGUUGUUCGGGAGGGCAGAGUGUCUACUGGCUAAGAUACAAACCAAGAGAGUCCCAUUCAGGAAUCAUUUACGCUGAUGGAGAUAGAAAGGAUCAGUGUGAGACGAUCUCUGUGACUGGAUCAACUGUACAGAGCUGUGUGCACAAAGUCCCCAAAAGCCUCGCCAGUGAUGAAACGUACUUUUGCAGCGUGGUCACAUGUGGAAAGCUAAUCGUUGGAAAUGGAACUAAAUUGAUAGCUGAUGUUGUUCCCCAGAAAACAAUGGCUUAUAUCAUCACACUGCUUUCUGCUGUAUUAGUGAUAUCACUGAUAGUGAAUAUAAUCAUGGCGCUGUUAUGGAGAAGAUCUACACACAGAGGUGUUGACCAUGUACAGUCUACAGCCCAGGCUGCAGACAUAGACUCGGAAAAUUAUGCAUCGCUGCAGUUCUCUCCACACCAGCCUAUACGAAAAAUGAAAAGCCGUGAAGAGGCAGCCUCUGUCGUCUAUGCAUCUGUCCGUCAAACAAGAAACAUAAAACAAGGAUCUCCUCAUUCUUAAUGCUUGUCAAGUUUUUUUUUUUGGCUAUUAAUUUUUUAAAAGGACUAUCACAUUACGUGGUCUCAUAUGAGCAUUGGAACAUUCAGUUGCAAGACAAUAUACUCAUUUUUUUUUUUUUUAUUGAUUAAAAUUUAUUUUACUAUUUUAAACGUUUAAAGUUGACAAAGUGAUGGGGGCAAAUGUCUGUUACUGUCUUUUGUAGAUUUUUUUUAAUGUUGUUGUAAAGGGCAAUAGGAGUGUGUGGUCAUCAUGUUAUUCAGUGUCUAAAUUGUACACAUUAAAACAUGGAGAAAAAAAUAUUUGUGUGUUUACAAUAACUUACCAUUAAAUUCAGCACCAUGGAGAGGGGCAACAUUUUGUAAAUGAGGAGAAAAAAC